AUCAAUCUAUAUCCGGUCUUCCAUUUUCUUUUGGUCAUCGCGUGGCGUAUGAUUGCGUUCUUAUUCACGCAUCUUCGUUAUUGAUCGUUACACUUUUAAAUAAUUAUUCAGACGUUUGAAAUCAUAUAAUUAAAAACGCUCGCUAGUCUAAAACUCUCCGACUCUCGCAAUGGCGGAGGAUUUGGAUGUCGAGGCGAUGCUGGAGGCACCAUACAAAAAAGGGGAGCAGGACUCCUCAUCCAAAGACAAAUCUUCCAAGGAGAAUGGGUCUAGCCGUAAAACAUCUGGGAAGAGUAAACACCGUUCUCGUUCCCGUUCUCGAUCGCGAGACCGUAGGGAAAAAGAUCGUCGCGAUCGUGAUAGAGAUAGAGACAGAGAUCGUGACAGAGACAGAGAUCGUGAUCGUGAUCGUGAUCGUAGACGCAGAUCAAGAUCAAGAGAUCGACGAGACCGUGAUAGAGAAAGAGAUGGCGACAGAGACAGGGAUCGGCGAGACAGAGACCGGGAUCGAGACAGAAGAAGAAAACGAUCACUUACACCGAUCACACUUCCUAGAGCGAGACCGCCAUUUGGAAAAGGUGUUAGUCCCCUUGGAAUUAGAAACGACGAAUUAACGCCAGAAGAACGAGACGCACGAACAGUGUUUUGUAUGCAGUUAAGUCAACGUAUACGUGCACGAGAUUUAGAAGAAUUUUUCUCCAGCGUUGGCAAAGUUCAAGAUGUUCGACUCAUUACCUGCAACAAGACAAGAAGAUUUAAAGGGAUAGCGUAUGUUGAAUUCAAGGAUCCCGAAAGCGUUACUCUGGCUCUUGGUUUAUCGGGCCAAAAGCUUCUUGGCGUUCCUAUAGUUGUACAACACACUCAAGCCGAAAAAAAUCGUAUGGGUAAUUCUAUGCCGAACUUGAUGCCAAAGGGUCAGACAGGUCCUAUGAGAUUAUAUGUUGGAUCUCUUCACUUUAACAUUACCGAAGAUAUGCUUCGUGGAAUUUUCGAACCGUUCGGAAAAAUUGAUAAUAUUCAGUUAAUUAUGGAUCCAGAAACUGGUCGAAGCAAAGGCUACGGAUUCUUAACCUUUAGGAAUGCUGACGAUGCGAAAAAAGCUUUGGAACAAUUAAAUGGUUUUGAACUUGCUGGCAGACCUAUGAAAGUUGGUAAUGUCACAGAACGUACAGAUUUAAUACAAGGACCUUCGCUUCUUGAUACUGAUGAACUAGACAGGAGUGGUAUUGACUUAGGUGCUACUGGAAGGUUACAAUUAAUGUUCAAAUUAGCAGAAGGAACUGGACUUGAAAUUCCUCCCGCAGCUGCAAAUGCUUUAAACAUGGCACCUGUUAUGUCUACGCCACAACCACCACCACAAGCUGCUCCCCCUAUUGCAACGCAAUGUUUUAUGCUAUCAAAUAUGUUUGAUCCGCAAAAUGAGACAAAUCCAAAUUGGGCGAAAGAAAUUCGCGACGAUGUUAUCGAAGAAUGCAACAAACAUGGUGGUGUAUUGCAUGUAUAUGUAGACCAGGCUUCUCCUCAAGGUAAUGUUUACGUCAAAUGUCCAUCAAUUGCAACAGCGGUUGCGGCUGUGAAUUCUUUACAUGGCCGUUGGUUUGCGGGUCGCGUGAUUACUGCAGCAUAUGUACCAGUUGUAAAUUACCAUUCAUUAUUUCCGGAUGCGAUGACCGCCUUACAAUUGUUGGUCCCAAGCGCACCCAGAAGAGGAAUGUGAUCUUAAAUACCGAAAAACAACGUAUAAACUUGUAAAUUCUUAUAGUAUUACAUUUUUUCUUGUCGAUAUUAAGAUAGAAAAAGGGAAACUUUGUUACUGUAAUGAUAUCGUUAAAAUGUCAAUAUAAUUGAGCGCAUGAGGGUAAUCUUACGCUACGCGUUGCUACUUACGCGUUCAGACGUGGAAGUGUUCUUGUUCCGUUUUGUCUAAAACGUGAUAAAAUACUUUACAAUGCGUAUUCAAUGUAAAGUUUCAGUUUGUACCUACUCACGCGUCAAUAAUCUUGACCAAUUAAUGGAAGAAAUUAUCCUUGAUAAUUCACCUUUUAAAUGUUACAUUUAGUACGUGAUGAAAGAGUUCGUCCUUAAAAGUAGUUAUUUAUUAACGCAAUACAUAGAAUGAUUCAAAAUUGUAACUCAUGUAUUUACGUAUUAUUAACACUUACAAACAAAUUUAUUGUUACCUGUAUUACACAGCGACGAGAAAGUGACUACUUGAUACUUGGCUAUUAGUAUCCGCGAUUUUACAAAAACGAACAAAUUUUGGCGUUUAAUCAAUUGUAAUGAAAGUAAACAGCAACAAAAUGGAAAAUUUCAACGUAUAUACAUAUAAAGCAUAUAAUACCGAAACA